AAGAAAGAAAGAAAGAAAGAAAGAAACUGGAAUUGGAAUGUAAAGUCUGUCUUUUUUUAUUUAUUUUCUCUUUCUUCAUCUUUUAUAGUUGCAAGUCUUCCUCAAAUUUCUGUCUAACCUUGCAAAUCCCAACUGUCCAACCGCGUCUUCAAGAACCAGCUCCGAAAUCUCCAUUAAUAUCUCUUCUUUCCUUCAUAUACCCAUUUCAAUUCAAUUGUUCUUCCUUAAACCUCCAUCCCUCUUCCUUUCUUCUUCUUCUUCUUCUUCUUCUUCUGUUUCACCCAACAAAAACUACUUCAAUCCUUUUCCAUUCAAGGCCAUGGUUGUGGCCACCAUGCCGUGGCUUUCUAGCUCAAUCAAAGGCACCACCAAUCAAACCCUUCAAUUCUUUUUCCAGGAUAAAUCCACUCCUCCCACUCUCCGUAUUCUCUGUUUUGACACUGCUAAAACCAUGGCAGCUCUUAUUUCUCUUUACCGUUCUCUCUCCGACGACGAGAUUUCCAGGCUUCAAAAUGACACCCUUCGUUCUAAGGGUGUUUCUUAUCUGAAUUCACGAGAUGAAGAGUUUCUUCUCAAUCUCGCUUGUUCCGAGCGUCUUGAGGAAUUGAACAAUGCUGCUUCCUCUGUUUCUCGUCUCAGCCGGAAAUGUGCUGAUUUGGGUCUCACUCGAUUCGACCUUCUUUUCUCUGAUAUGAAACUUGGUAUUUUUCAUUCCGUUAAAUCUGAUCCCGGUUUCAAGAAUGUUGCUAAGCUUAUUUCGAGGAUGGAGAAGCUGGUGCUUUUAACGGCGGAGCUUCACUCUGCUAUGGAAGCUCUGACUGAAAUGGAGGCGUCUGAGAAGAAACUACAGAAAUGGAAACAGUUGGGUCCAAAGCAAUUCCCGCCGGUGAAUUUUGAAUUGUUUGAUAAAAAACUCUCGAGUCAGAGGAAAGAUGUGAAGCAUUUCAAGGAAAUUUCGCUAUGGAAUCAGAGUUUUGAUUAUGCCGUUGGAAUGAUGACGCGAUUAGUCUGCUUUAUUUACGCUAGAAUUGUUACAAUCUUUGGUCCAUUGGUUCCCGAUCAAGCUUGUUCUCUGUAUCACAACCCACAGAUUCGAAUCCUUAGAGACAGAGUAUGGAGGUGGAAUUUCUACGGCGGAAAUCGAAAAUGCAGCAGCGACAAUGAAUAUAGACUCGUAACACAAUCCGGCCCAAUUCCAAAAAAGGGAAAAAAGGAAUUGGUCCGAUUUCCAAGUGGGAUUAGAGCUAAAGAUGAUAUCGGAAUUGGGUGCGGUGAAUUCAAUUCAUCGACACCGGCAAAUAACAGAGUAUAUACAUCGGCACCACCGACGACGGUGGGGGGAUCAGGAUUGUCUAUAAACUACGCGAAUGUAAUACUAUUCGCAGAGCGGUGUCUACACGCGCCGGCGACGAUAGGGGAGGAGGCACGUGGGGAGCUGUACGAGAUGUUGCCGGCAGGAAUAAAGGAGAAAGUGAGAGCAAAAUUGAGAAGAAACAAUUGGGUGAAAAGAGGAGAAGGAGCAGAGGAAAUGGGGAGUGGCGGCAAUGGGCAUUCACUGGCAGCGGGGUGGAGGGAAGCGGUGGAGGAGAUGUUGGGGUGGUUAGGGCCGUUGGCUCACGACACGGUGCGGUGGCAAUCGGAGAGGAAUAUGGAAAAACAGAGGUUUGACACGAAUCCGACGGCGUUGUUAAUGCAGACGCUGCAUUAUUCGGACUUGGAGAAGACGGAGGCCGCCAUUGUGGAGGUUUUGGUGGGGUUGAGUUGUAUAUAUAGGUAUGAGAAUCCCCGGCCUCAAUGUCGUCGGAGUUCUGAUCACAUGUAAAAAAGAGAGAUUGAAUUGGGUUAGUUUGGUAGUUUUCAUUGGGGAUCUGUAUUUUUUCCUUCUUCUUUGUCAUGAUUGUAGGGUAAUUAAUUUCCAGAGUACGUUGAUUGAUUGGAUUACUCCCAA